GGUCUUUUUCCCCUUCUCGGCUUCUCCUGGCGAGGACCGAGGCCGGCGCGAAGGCUGAGCCCCGGCGCCCCCGCAGCCGAGCCGAGGAGCCGCCGCGGAGGCGCGGGGGCCGCGGAGCCCGCGAUGGACGAGCAGCCGCGGCUGAUGCACUCGCACGCGGGGGUCGGCAUGGCCGCGCACCCCGGCCUGUCCCAGCACCUGCAGGACGGCGCGGCGGGCGCCGAGGGGGACGGCGCGCGGAAGCAGGACAUCGGGGACAUCUUGCAGCAGAUCAUGACCAUCACGGACCAGAGUUUGGACGAGGCGCAGGCCAGAAAACAUGCUUUAAACUGCCACAGAAUGAAGCCUGCCUUGUUUAAUGUGUUGUGUGAAAUCAAAGAAAAAACAGUUUUGAGUAUUCGAGGAGCCCAGGAAGAGGAGCCCACAGACCCGCAGCUGAUGCGGCUGGACAACAUGCUGCUGGCCGAAGGGGUGGCCGGGCCCGAGAAGGGCGGCGGGUCGGCGGCGGCGGCGGCGGCCGCAGCGGCUUCUGGAGGAGCAGGUUCCGACAACUCGGUGGAGCAUUCCGACUACAGAGCCAAACUCUCACAGAUCAGACAAAUCUACCACACGGAGCUGGAGAAAUACGAGCAGGCAUGCAACGAGUUCACCACCCACGUGAUGAAUCUCCUGCGAGAGCAGAGCCGGACCCGGCCCAUCUCCCCGAAGGAGAUCGAGCGGAUGGUGAGCAUCAUCCACCGCAAGUUCAGCUCCAUCCAGAUGCAGCUCAAGCAGAGCACGUGCGAGGCCGUCAUGAUCCUGCGUUCCCGGUUUCUGGAUGCGCGGCGGAAGAGACGGAAUUUCAACAAGCAAGCGACGGAAAUCCUGAAUGAAUAUUUCUAUUCCCAUCUCAGCAACCCUUACCCCAGUGAGGAAGCCAAAGAGGAGUUAGCCAAGAAGUGUGGCAUCACAGUCUCCCAGGUAUCAAACUGGUUUGGAAAUAAGCGAAUCCGGUACAAGAAGAACAUAGGUAAAUUUCAAGAGGAAGCCAAUAUUUAUGCUGCCAAAACGGCUGUCACUGCCACCAAUGUGUCAGCCCAUGGAAGCCAAGCUAACUCUCCCUCAACUCCCAACUCAGCGGGUUCUUCCAGUUCUUUUAACAUGUCAAACUCUGGAGAUUUGUUCAUGAGCGUGCAGUCACUCAAUGGGGAUUCUUACCAAGGGGCCCAGGUUGGAGCCAACGUGCAAUCACAGGUGGAUACCCUUCGCCAUGUUAUCAGCCAGACAGGAGGAUACAGUGACGGACUCGCAGCCAGUCAGAUGUACAGUCCGCAGGGCAUCAGUGCUAAUGGAGGUUGGCAGGAUGCUACUACCCCUUCAUCAGUGACCUCCCCUACAGAAGGCCCUGGCAGUGUUCACUCUGACACCUCCAACUGAUCUCCCAGCCACCGCAUCCCGGCUGACCCUGGGCCCCGUUGGGGCAGGGCAGGAGGGAGGGCUUCUCUCCCAGCGCUGAAGCGGUCAGACUGGAGGUCGAAGCGAUCAGCAAACACAAUAAGAGUCUCCUUCUCUUCUCUUCUUUGGGAUGCUGUUUCAGCCAAUCUGGACACUUCUUUAUACUCUCUUCCCUUUCGUUUUCUGGGUAGAAGCCACCCCUCCCUGCCUCCAGCUGUCAGCCUGGUCCCCGCCAUCUUCCCUUUGCUUUGUCCUAGACUCCCGGGGCCCUGUCCUCCAUGGCAUCACUGAAGGAUAUUUUCAACAAUUAGAGGAAUUUAAAGAGGAAAAACAAUGACGAAGACAAUAAUAAACGUGUUUGUAUGUUUUCA